GGCACUGUGUGUGGAGGUGUGUUUGCGUGACACCAACACAGGUCGAAAAUAUCCGAUCCCGGAUGUUUCACUAAAUACCCUGCUUUGUGCUUUUCUGUUCGUCUAUACAGCUUUUAGUCUAUUGGGCUUCUUUUUAUAUGUUAUUUCCAGGAGACUUUUUCUUUGUUGGUUUUAUUUUUUCUUUUAAUUAUCCAUCCAAUGAUGGCGGACUUUCCAUCAAAAGUUACCACGGAGACCGGGUCCCCCAGUUCCCAGAGUACUCAACAAGGGGGCAACAGCCUCAGGGGGCUGGCAGCUAAUGUGACUAACAACAUGGAUAUGUCUUUUAUCAGGAGCAUCCCAUCUGUCCUCAUGAUGGCUCAAAUAUUCUUGGGGCUACUCCACUGGGCGCUGAUCGCGAGCUCGCCUUACAUGUUUGCACCGGCCAACGGCUGGGUGUUGUUUGUCGCCGUCACUUUCUGGCUCCUCACCAGCAUCCUCUUCUUGUCCAUUGUCUUCGGGCUGCAGAGGAGACUCUCCGCCGUGCCCUGGCCAAUCACGGUGAUGGUUUACCACGGAGUGGCCACCAUCCUCUACUUGACCGCCUUUCUGGCCAACGCUGCAUCUGUUCAGCCCUUUUACCACACCUACUUCUUUGGACAUAUGGCAGCUGCUGCUUUUUUUAGCGCUGUGGUGACAGCAGCGUAUGGCGUCAGUGCCUUCUUCUCCUAUUUGGACUGGAAAGGGGAUGGCGGAAAUGCUGCCACCAGCACUGUGCCUACCUAAUGAAACCCUCACAAAGACAUUUAUUACUGCCACGUCUUGUUUACAAUGUAAGCAAACACCAAGGAGUCAUGUGAUUAUUGUACAUAAAAUCACCCACGGAUCAUCAGUAAUACUGGAUGAAACAUUUCAGGUCACAAGACUUCAAAAGGUUAAGCUUUAAACUCAAAGGAAUAUUUUUCUCUCUUCCUGUGUGCAACAUAAAAAUGACUAGCUGUAUGUGAUUGCUGUAUAGUGCAGAAAAAAAUGCUUUUUCUUAAUGGAAAAAAUAACAAUACAGGUAGUCCCCGGGUUACGAAUGAGUUCCGUUCCUAGGCUGGCGAUGUAAACCGAAUUUCCGUGCAAGUCAGAAUUAACCCUUUAAGUACUCCAAGAUACCCACUAAACCUCAAAAUAACUGUCCAAAACAUGUAUUAUACGUCAUAUUAAUUAGAUUAAGUAAAAAAAUAAAGAUAUUGUGAGGUACGUUGUGUUAAAUGCAGUUAUAUUGAAUGACUAUUCAGGCUUUAAAGAAAAAAAAAAACUUUACUUGCGUCGUGACUGAGUCACCUUGCAGAGAGAAAAGGGCGCUGUGGAAAGAGUAGGGAGGCGAGAACAUGGGGAUACAUGGCCGCUCCGGUCGCCAGCUUCCCUCUCUUAACGCGUGCCCGCCGUCUGAAACAAAGUAAACUGAUCGGGAUUCGCAAGAGUCAGCACAGUCAAGAACUGCAGGACAGCGGCAACGCUAGGGGAGGAGGGAAUACGGACGUAGCAACUAGGUAGUUUGUGCGGGGUGGAAAAAGACUCGAGACAGAAUAACGUCAACAUCACAAAAGUCGGGUACGUCGUAACCCAGGGACUACCUGCAUUCAUUUAUCAGCACUUAACGUGCCACAUAAAUCAUUGCUCAGAGAGAAAUGUCAUUCAAGCAUUUUUUACCUUGUUUUUUAUCAGCCUUGGUGCCAAUGCUAUUUGAAGUGUUUCUCCACUAAAUACCAUCUAAUAAAAAAUCUGCUCUUCAUUGGCAAACUGAUAAAUCUAACAUAAUUAUUUCCCACACUGAACAGUCGCAUGGAAAGGUUUGGGCCCGCUUGAUACGACCCAACCUUUGCAUGCCACUGUAAGUAGAUAAAAAUUUACAAUCAUUAAAGCAUCGGGAGGUUUCAGGCUUUCACCUGUUUAUUAAAAAAUUGUUUCAUGGACAAAUAUACUCUACAAAUCUCUAUUUACACAUUUAAAAAUCAAUUUUACAUGCACAAAAUUCAAUCAAAGCAAUAAAUAUCGAAAAAGGUACGACAUUUUCAUUAAGUCACAAACUCAAAACAUCUAUCAAGCUUUCAAUUAAUUCAUUGCCUGCCAUUAACGGCGAUAGAUGCCCAAUCUAUUUAAACCGGAAAGGCUGUCAGUGAAUGAUCAUGUUUCAGUGUCAUUGACGGUAACAGACGUGCAAUCCAUUUUGACUAGGAUUGCUGCCUCGUCAAGGAAUGGUGACAUCGAUCGCCUCAGUGGUAGCCAAUGAGUUAAUUCUACAUUUUGUCCUGCUUAUAUUCAAUGUUGUCUCAUAGUUACUAAUUAGUAAAGUAAUUACAUGGUACCAACACUACACGAAAACAAAUGCUGCAGAUGUUUACAAAAAAAAGUUGAGUGAAAUCUAACGAUGCUUUGUAUUAUUUUCCAUCUUAAAACUCUGUACACCCGCAGUCAAAACGUUUUGAGACACAUCACCAUCCAGUCUGAUGAGAAAGUGCCUCAAAACCUUCGACCAAGUUUGUACAUGGACGGGGCUCCAGCUUGUUGAGCACACAGGUCUGUUGAUUAGCACCUCUUCCACAAAAGGAAGCAUGCUAAAUCUGUGCGGUGUUAGCAUGUUCUCCUGUUGCUUGUCCGGUAUCUCCAAAUUUCUCCAACGAAGCAAAACAUGAAAGAAGGGUGCACUGAAGAUUGAAGUCCGAGCACUUGACUUGAGGUUUAUGGGUGGUCGAAAAAUAACAUUGCAUUUGAAGCUCAAAUAACAACAAUAUGGCAUACAAACAGGCGUGGUGUUGUGUAUAUCACUGCAUGGCAUACAUACAGGCGUUCUAUUGUGUUUGUCACGGCAACUGUUUGGAUCCUGACUGGCUGGAGGCUGCCGGGGUUAAAGGGGUGACUAUGAGUCCUGUGCUCAAGUCCAGACUUCGGCCCUCCUUUUCCUAGAAAAUAUUAAACAGUUUUAAAAUACACCCUGUGUUGAUAACAUAGAAUAUGUGCACUCUUUCUGGGUGUCAUUUCAGCAACUCACCACUUUGUAUUGCAAAACCAUUUCCUUAAAAGCCACAAAAUCAAUAAAGGACAGCAGUACGUCAACAAUGUCGCCAGAUACUUCAUCUUUGUGCUCCCUACAGGUGGAG